GUUUCCAAUUUUACCUCUAGUGGGCGCUGGUGUCCAGAGAAAUAUUAUUUGGAUUUAGAAUGAUUUCCAAGAAAUGUAGAUCGGUGUGAUAUAAAACAAACAGCGAGAACUGCACCCAUGGCUUUCAGAAGCAAAGUAGCAGACACAAAGACGGUAAUUCUGCAUUUGUUGCUGUGCUUGGCUAUUUUCUACACCCUCUACUACAUGAUCGGCAGCGUCUGCUUUGGUGCUUUCAAGCUUGAUCAUUUCGAUGGGCUCAUACCAUUUGACUUUAAGACAGAACCCUCCGAAUCCAACUCAAAAUACCUUGUGAACUUGCUGUCGAUGCAGCUCACCUAUUUCAGCAGCGGGCUCCUGUUUGCCGCGGUGGUGAAGCGCUGGGUGUGGGAUUAUGCCAUCACUGUCACCCUGGUGCAUGUUGGACUGACCUCCGCAGUAAUGCUGGAGUUCCCUCUUGUGUGGCAGUGGUGGCUGGCUCUGGGCAGCGGCUUGUUCCUGAUGAUCUGCAAUGGUCAGCUGAUUGCGUACUUUGCCUGCGAGAAUGACCACAGCUAUCCCACGCUCGACAGCUACUGACUGACCACUCUGUAGCAGUCAUCACGGAGCUCCACUCUGUCACAUCCUUGGGGUUGUUGGGGGGUCAAAUACAUGCCACAGACUUUACAACAGCUUUACUCCUGGACUAAUAAUACCGUAAUGUCGAUGUCAAAAAAGCCGUGUUUGUGUUAUUCAAAAUACAGGAUGAGAACAUUGUACAUUAUGCGCCCUUUAUAAGGCCAAGAACGGUUUGUUGUUUUAGUAAAAUUCAUUGGAGUUUAAGAGGUCACUUCAACUACAUCCAGAAAAUUGGCAAUCCUAACACAUAGUAAUAAUUGGUGUACAUGAGGUCUUAAGCGACUGGUAGAUAAUAUGGGGAAGGUGAAAGCUGCAGAGAAGUGUGGCAUCUGAAACACAAUCUCGCUAGACCAAGACACUGAAUGCAGGUUGUAAUCCAGCUCUUUAUCACAGUAGCUUGUUAAAGCCGCUACAAACGGUAAGUCAUACCUUCAGGAGCUUGCUGGUUCGAAUCCUGGUUGUGUUGAGUUGCCGAUCAUAGAUGGGGGCUCACAAGGAACACUUAGUUGACCUUUUGCAAAUCGCCUGGACAUAGUUUACCUCACAGUGCUUCACAUGACACCUUCUGGUCAGGCAUCCUGGGGUCACAGACAGCGCCUGUCAAUUGAACUUUACUUAAUUUAUUUCAAAUAGUGCCAAAAAAGUCUUCUGAUGAGUGUGUGGUUUAAUCAUUUCACCUUUUUUGUUGUUGUUUGUGGUCUGCGUCAUCAAAAUCAGUUACAUAUAGACCUGUAGAAAAUGUGUUGUUAAUAAAAAUGAAAAUACACUGUUACAUUUUAAUAUUUCACAACAGUUUCUGCAACUCCUUGUAAUGCAUGUCACACGUACAAAGGUCAUUUUAAAGUUACUUCCCAAGUAAACCAUGUUAUAAACUCACAUCACCAGGAACUUGGGCAAUCAGGCCCUUGCUAAAUGAACUCCAGUCACACUUACCACAGCAUGAAACAGCAGGUUGUGAAUGAGGUGAAUGGCAUAAUUAUUAAGCCUGUGUAAACAGGGUAUAAUAAGAGUUAUUCAGCUCUAUUGAUGGAAUAUUUCUUGUAACACAGGUCGAACAAGAACACCCUGUACAGAAUUCAUGUACAACACGUCAACAACGUUGAGAAAGGCAGUUGUUUGUGUAUUAAAUAUACAUUGAAAUCAUGAUUCUGAUUGUACUGUUGCUUAAUCCGUAUCUUUAAAAUGUAAUGAAAAGCUUCUUUUGAACUGGUCUUAAUUUAACUUGGUGAGAAGUUAGUUCAGGAUGCUUAUAAUCCACCUACAGAAUCUGUGAAACUCUAGUGUAGUUUACAAUAAGAUUAUUGUAUGGUUAUGGAAAUUUAUGAAGUGAUUUGUAUAAUAUUUUUUUCUGCGUUUGGUUUAUGAGAAGAACUAAUGUUUAUGUUUGUAUUAUGUCAGUUAUCAAGUGUUUAUUUAUUUAUUUAUGUAUGUAUGUAUGUAUGUAUUUAUGUAUGUAUGUAUGCAUAUUGUAUGUAAUUAUAAAACAAGACUGCUGUGUUAAUUCUGAAACAUUUUGGUUCAGUUUUUUCAUGACGUGGUUUUUAAUCCCUGUUAACUUCUUCCAUAAGCAUCCGUACAAAGUGAGUUUCAUUUUUUAUUUAUUUAUUUAUUUUUUUAAAUCUGCCCCAUUUUGACAACUAAUAACUAUUUGAGACUUCUUAUUUUCAAUAUUAUGGGACUCUCCGGUCAAAACGGUAAUCUUAACUUUGACCUCUGACCUAAUCUGGCUGUGAUAUGAAGGUCAUGUAACUUUUUGGUUUCUGGAUGAUAAAUAUAUUUAAAGCUUUGAGAUACUGCCUUCAUAUUGGGUGCUCACAGCUU